UUUUUUCUCCUAUCAGCUGCUGGUCGUUUUUGAGAGCACUCUCACGUCGACACUAUGACCUCCCGUUUUCCUCUUUCAGACCCGGUCUUGUCCUACUGGACAACGGCGACACCAGCAGAGGGCGAGAUGACCACGGAAAACCUUGUGGGCGUCAAAGCGGUCAUCCCAGUCGAUGAUAGCGACACGUCGACCACUGACAGCCUGGUCACGGAGCACGUCGUCUUCGCGACCGUCUGGACUAUUAUCACUAUGCUGGCUUGGUAUUUCCUACUAAAGGGCCUCCUCACCCUCAUCCGCACCGGACAGCAAAUCGCGAACGACGUCGCCGAACUGUCAGGAGGAAUGGAUGGGGAAAGCAAGCAGAAACCGAGUUUUUUCUGGACCAUGGUCGUGGAAUUCAACCUGGAUCAAGCCGCGGCCAUGAGUUUUCUCGUGUCCGAGGCGUUUCUGUUCUUUGCCUGGUACCAGAAUUACAGCCUGUGCGUCGCGGGGAACGGGCAAAAUUGCCUAAGACGAGACGCCCCGAGCUAUUUGGGAAAUCUGGCCUGUCUGAUUGGGAUUCUGUUUUGGUACAGCGCUUCCGCGUUGGCCGAGCCGUUAGUCGUGGAUGUUCUAGAGGACGCGCCGGACAUUCAGUCAGAGCAAGUGGUCAGCUUGAUUUCGCAGAAAAACUACGGCGUAGGAACAACAGGAGCUCAACAAACAUCGAAUCAGCAGCAGCAACAGUUUUUAGCGACGACAGGGACCACGACGAUGAUGAAAAUGGUUGCACCUUUAGGAGGGGGAGGCCCCGGGCUAGCGGGAGCUGAUAUUAAUGUGAUUUCCUCUACAACUUCUCCGCGCGGCACAGGAGCGAGGGGGAGUGAACAAAACGUAACGGCAAUAGAUAAGGCUGGUCGUGGAACCAACGGCUCCUCCGCCAGCCGGAUUUCGGUGUAUCCGGAGGAACUGAUUUCUCCCGGCAAAAACCACAAUAGCUACGAUAAUUUCACCACGAAUAACGACUUGACAAACCAUCUGUUAUCAUCUAACCAGGGCACGCUCAACAAGCGAACGAUCACAAUCAAUUUCGCGCGGAACCGGCAAGCCAGGUUUGCGGCGUACAACACGGUCUACGGCCCUGGCGGAGGUGCAGCUUUAGGAGGUGGAAACAACUACAACAAUCAAUUUCUAGGGUCACCUAUUUCCGGUGGCACCUAUGGACAGUACUAUAAGCAGUCCCCGCUGUCGGGAGGUGGCUAUAAUAAUGUGGUCCCACGCAACAAGCCGAGUGAAAGUGGUGGUGUUCAGAGCGGAUUCUUGGACGAGCAAACAGGGACGAGAGGAGCAUAUGCAAAUCUAAACUCGUCCGACCCCUUACCUGUAAGCAGUUACGGAGCUCCUGCGGCGCCAUCACCUGGGCCCCCUCCGCCGUCAUUUGCCUCUUUUCUCGAACCAGUCGGGCGACGAACGCAGAGCGUCCCAAACGCACCGAUAGAUCGGAAUGAUCACGCGGACCGGAAUGCAGCGGGGUUUCUCGUCUCUGCGACAGGUGGAGAGCUGCGCGGCCCUCCGCUUGCGGUGCACGCCCAUAGUGUCAUGAGUGUGUUGACAAGCACCGGAGGAGGAGGUGACGCCGCAGCUAGUCGGGAAGAUAAUACAGCCAGGAAUUCCUUCGAUCACGACCGCGACACGGCAGCUCCGGGUCCUUUUGGACUGAAUCUACGGUCGGAGCCUUCGGGCCUCAGUGAGCCGCUGCUGGACAACAGCUCUUCGGGAAGGCAGUAG